AUGGUAGAAGAGAGAGUGAAUGUUAUGGAACAAUUCAAUCCUGGCCUGCGAAAUCUAAUAAACCUAGGAAAAAAUUAUGAAAAAGCUGUCAAUGCUAUGAUCCUGGCGGGGAAAGCCUACUACGAUGGAGUGGCCAAGAUCGGCGAGAUUGCCACCGGUUCCCCCGUGUCGACCGAGCUGGGACGGGUUCUCAUAGAGAUUUCAAUUACACACAAGAAACUCAACGACAGCCUUGAUGAAAGUUUUAAAAAGUUCCAUAAAGAGAUUAUACAUGAGCUGGAGAAGAAGACAGAACUUGAUGUAAAAUACAUGAAUGCAACUCUCAAACGUUACCAAACGGAACACAAGAACAAGUUGGACUCUUUGGAGAAAUCGCAGGCUGAGCUGAAGAAGAUCAGAAGGAAAAGUCAAGGAGGACGGAACGCACUCAAAUAUGAACACAAAGAAAUCGAGUAUGUGGAGACCGUUACCUCUCGCCAGAGUGACAUCCAGAAAUUUAUUGCAGAUGGUUGCAAAGAAGCUCUGCUUGAGGAGAAGAGGCGCUUCUGUUUCCUGGUUGACAAACACUGCAGCUUUUCAAAUCACAUACAUUCUUAUCACUUACAGUCUGCAGAAGUACUUAAUUCCAAACUGCCCUGGUGGCAGGAGACCUGUUGUGAUGCCACCAAAGUACCUGAGAAGAUCAUAAAUAUGAUAGAAGAAAUAAAGACCCCAGUCUCCACUCCACUGUCCGGAACCCCUCAGCCCUCCCCGAUGAUCGAGAGAAGCAACAUGGUUGGGAAGGAUUAUGACACCCUUUCCAAAUAUACACCAAAGAUGCCGCCCCCCGCUCCUUCAGCCAAAGCCUACACCGGUCCUUUGAUUGACAUGUUUAAUAACCCAACCACAGUUGGACAGAAUUCGGAAAAUAUAAAUAACUCAACAGACUCUCCCGAGGAUCCCAGUCUACAGCGGUCCGUGUCUGUUGCCACUGGCCUGAACCUGAUGAAAAAGCAGAAAGUGAAAACCAUUUUCCCACACAACGCUGGUGGAAACAAGACCUUGCUCAGCUUUUCACAGGGAGAGGUCAUCACGCUGCUCGUCCCUGAAGAGAAGGACGGCUGGCUCUACGGGGAGCAUGACACCUCCAAGGUGAGAGGUUGGUUCCCGUCAUCCUACACAAAGUUGCUGGAAGAAGGCUCAAAGGCAGCAGCAUCUGUGCCUGUGCCAAGCCCUGUCCCCAUGAGAAGCAUCAGCACGCUGAACUUGUCCGAGAAAAACGUUGUCAUCCCCCCGCCACACUAUCUGGAGUGUGUGACCACUGGGGCAGCUGCAGAGAGGAGCACUGAUACCUCUCAAAACACUUCCACCUUCAAGGCUCCUGCACCCAAACCAGAAGCCCUGCCUACUAGCAACGCCAACGGGACCCCAAAGCUGCCUUUUCUCAGUGGAGAAAAUCCCUUUGCCACCGUGAAGCUGCGGCCGACCAUAACCAACGACCGGUCAGCUCCCAUCAUCGGGUGA